CUUCACAAGUGCACUUACUAAUAAAAUGGCUCCUCAACAACCAGCACACUUCACUGGGUAGCUUUAUCGCAGUAUGCUAAGGCACCCCCGGUUCCAUCGGUGGCAGCCCCCGGAUCCGACGUCACCACCACCAACAGAAAUGCCAGCACUCCCCGAUGUUUCAUUUGAUGCUGCCGCAUUCUGUAAGAACCGACGCUGGAGAUGAGAAGCAGGUACGGGGAGUCAACAUUUAAUUGGAACAGACAUGGAACAAACAAUCAACAGCGUCAGCAUCGGGUAACAUAAGGACAGAUGACAAACAAUGCAGCAGCGGGGAACAGAGCUGGGGAACUGACAGAUAUGAGAGGCUGUCAUUAAGUCACCAGGAUACAAAAUGAGCAAACCAAUGUCUGCGCAAGGCAAGUCCAAAAUGGAGGAGGCAAAGAAUGUGAAGGAUGAGAAUAAGCUGUACUUGCAUGAGGGGAUCCUCUACUCUACAAUCAUGAGUCCCCCAGAAAAUCUUAAAGGCCUGAAGGAGCUGGAGGGCAGACCCGAUGACAUUUUACUGGUGGCCUACCCAAAAUGUGGGUUCAACUGGAUGGUUGCUGUGCUACGCAAAAUCAUGGCUGCAGCCUCUGGACAACAAGAAGUGUCUCAAAUACCUCCACUGAUGGAGUUUUUCUCUCCUGACAUGCAGAAGGUGGUGGGAGAAAUGCCCUCUCCACGGCUACUGGGCACACAUUUGCACCCUGAUAACAUUCCUGGCACUUUUAUUGCGAAGAAAACAAAGAUGCUGGUUGUGUUCCGAAACCCAAAAGAUACAGUCGUAUCAUACUACCACUUCAUGAACACAAACCCUGUUUUGCCUAAUGCCAAAUCCUGGGAUUCAUUUUUCACAGACUUCAUGGAGGGUGAAGUGGCUUGGGGCUCUUACUUCGACCAUGCCCUCGCCUGGGAGAAACUAAUGGACAAUCCUAACAUAUUGAUGGUCACUUAUGAGCAAAUGAAGGAGAAUCUAGGUCAGGGGGUGCAGCAGAUAUCCAAGUUCUUUGGUUUCCCAUUGACUGAAGAGCAAGUUCAGACAAUUGCAGGGCAGAGCACCUUCAAUGCUAUGAAGGACAGUUCCAAGAACACCCAUGGAAAGCAUGGCAAUGUGUUUUUCCGAAAAGGUGAAGUUGGAGAUUGGAAGAACCAUCUAAGUGAAGCCCAAAGUAAACAGAUGGACAAGGAGUUUGAGAAGCACCUGGCUCACACGAAACUGGGGGCUAAGUUAAAAUAUGAUAUUUACUGCAAGUAGGGAGCUGAAAUUUCCAGAUCCAAUGCAAAAUAAGCAUUUUCAAAAGAUUGAAAUAGAAAAAUGUUGCUCAUGUCUACAGUAGGCCUAAACCUUCUGUAAGAAUACUCAAAGAUACAUUUACAACGCAGAGAACUAAAGAUCAAUGCAACUACUUGUUUUUCAGUUCAACAUCUGUUUAGAAUCUGUGUAGGGGUUCCAGUUUGGACUCAUAGCUACAUGUGGCAAAUUUUCAUUGGUCCAAACUAUCUACACAUUGAAGCCCGAAACGGGAUUCUUUGUAUUUGGCCAGUUUUACUACAAUGAAUUCUAAUUGGUUAACCACAGGCUAGGUUUUGGUAUAAACUACAUCCUGUCUCUUUGUUCAAUGGAGAAACAACAAGAACAGGGAAGAAUGAACAUCAACCAUCCACUUUCCAGCAUAACAACUAUGAUUUGUUCUCUUUGAAUAAAUAUAUUUUUCUCCCCCUGA